GCAGCGGCGCCCCGGGCGGGCGCGGAGCGGCGGCCGAGGCCGGGGCGGCUGCGGGCGGAGCGCGGCCGCGUCCCUCGGCAGGAUGUCGGGCUCGCGCUGCCAGACGCUGUACCCCUUCUCCGGGGAGCGGCACCGGCAGGGGCUCCGCUUCGCCGCGGGGGAGCUGAUCACGGUGCUGCAGGUGCCGGACGGCGGCUGGUGGGAAGGGCAGAAGGAGGACGGGCUGCGCGGCUGGUUCCCGGCCAGCUACGUGCAGCUCCUGGAGCAGAAACCCAGAAAGGCAACUCCUCAGACAGGAGAAGAUACCUUGAACGGCCAUCUGCCCCCUGGCUGGCAGAGCUAUAUGUCUCCUCAGGGCCGAAGGUACUAUGUGAACACCUUCACGAAUGAAACAACCUGGGAGCGGCCAAGCAGUGUGCCUGGGACUCCAAAGAGCCCUGUGUCACAGAAGAGUUCUGCAGUGAAUGGCUACCACAUCUCUGGGACCCCAGUACACCAGCUUGACUCUGGUCAUAUGAGCCUCCGAAAAGCCAGUGGGGACCCCCAGACCCCGGGGUCCCCGGCGGCGCCGCGGCGGCAGAGCAAGGAGAGCAGCCUGACGAUAAACUGUGUGACUUUCCCCCACCCUGACGUAAUGCCAGAGCAGCAGUUGCUGAAACCUUCGGAGUGGAGCUACUGUGAUUAUUUCUGGGCUGAUAAAAAGGAUUCACAAGGGAACAAUACAGUGUCGGGAUUUGAAAUUCUUCUUCAAAAGCAACUUAAAGGGAAACAAAUGCAGAAAGAAAUGGCAGAGUUUGUUCGAGAAAGGAUAAAGAUUGAGGAGGAAUAUGCUAAGAACCUGUCCAAACUGUCUCAGAAUUCCUUGGCUGCUCAGGAAGAAGGCACGCUAGGAGAGGCUUGGGCUCAGCUAAAGAAGAGUCUAGCUGAUGAAGCAGAGGUUCAUCUCAAAUUUUCCUCUAAGCUUCAGAGCGAGGUAGAGAAACCCCUGCUCAACUUCAGAGAGAACUUUAAGAAAGACAUGAAGAAGUGUGACCACCAUAUUGCAGACUUACGGAAGCAUCUGGCCAGCCGCUAUGCAGCAGUUGAAAAGGCCCGGAAAGCCUUGACAGAGAGACAGAAGGAUCUGGAAAUGAAAACUCAGCAGCUAGAGGUGAAGCUCAGCAACAAGACAGAAGAGGAAAUUAAGAAGGCGAGACGGAAGUCCACUCAGGCAGGAGAUGACCUGAUGCGCUGUGUGGAUCUUUACAACCAAGCCCAGUCCAAAUGGUUUGAGGAAAUGGUGACCACCACUCUGGAGCUUGAAAGACUAGAAGUUGAAAGGGUGGAGAUGAUUCGGCAGCAUCUUUGCCAGUAUACACAGCUGCGGCAUGAGACAGACAUGUUCAACCAAAGCACAGUAGAGCUCGUGGAUCAGUUGCUUCGGAAAGUGGAUCCUGCCAAAGACAGGGAACUGUGGGUAAAAGAACACAAAACUGGAGAUAUCCGACCUGUGGACAUGGAAAUAUAGACUGAUCUAUAGUUGUAUGUGAUGAGUCCACUAAAUUAACCAGGCUAAUGUUUUUGUUUUAAGAGUCAGAAGAGCAUAGGGAAAAGGUUGUUCCACUACCAGACAGCUUGUAAUUUAUGCCUGUACGGGCUAUCUCUGUUACAUUUAGUCAUUAAAAUGGUCCUCAUUGUGCUAAGCCUUAAGCACCAGACAUUCCAGGGUGAAGAAAUCAGAUGUGUGCUUCCCACCAGAGGUUCCCAAUUGCACGCAGCUUCCAGAAGAAAUCUGCUUUCUGGUAUAGAGAGAACUCUGUUCUUCAGUGACUUUGUGCUACAUCCCUUGCAUGACUAUCUUUAUACAGUAUGUUAGAACAACCAUGCAGUGAGCCUCUGGCCAGCAAGUAGAUAACUGUUUGAACAUGAUGCAGGAGGCAAGGAAGUCCUGAUCAUGAAUCCCAGGUCUGUCACUGACUGCUUUCAUGGCCAUAGGCAAGUCAAUUAACUUUUCUGGCACCCCCAUCUCUAAAACACGCAUAUCUUGCAGCAAUGUUGUGUGAAUACAUUCAUUUCAUAUAACACAGUGUCCCACCAUGGCAGUGAAGUGAUGGCCCUUCUCCCAAAAUCUAUGGAGAAGACUCCUGUUCUUCCUGUUUUAUACUCCCUCUCAGGGAUACAUAAACCCAUUAUCAUCAUGAUUUCUGUUCCAGGCUAAUCAAUAAGGUUGAAAGUGUUACCAUCACUGUUAUUUAUCAGGAAAGACUUGGUUGUGCUAUACCUACCUCAUUAGCUGUCUGAGUGCCCUCAAUGACAGAAAGAGGUUAUAUACCAAGGAAUAAAGGAGAUGUUCAAAACCUUUCCUGGUUAUGCAAGAUGUUUUCUCACAGAAUCUCCUUAAAGACAGUCCUCUGACAUUGUAUUUGGGAUCCAGGUUUAAAUUGCCCUUUGUUGGUUCCUUCAGGUGAAUAUCACAGCCUUUAGGUAUCUUUAAUUACCAUGUUUGUCCAGCUAAAUUGUAGGAUUUCUCUUUUUAGAGCCUGAUUUUCAAAGGUGCCAUGAAUCUGUGAUGCUAGAUUGCAUUAAAUGUAGAUGUAGGUGCCCAGCACUUCUGCAGCAUCAGAUUCUUAACCUUAGCGUUCUUCCUUUGUUACCCUUACCACAAACUACCAAAAAUUCAACGCUGCUCUUGGCACAUAGUCUUAUGUAGUUUGGAGAAUGGUUUUGAAAAGGUAUUAAUUUUCUUCUCCUGCUGUUAUUUCUGAUUGAUUAUUCAGUGUUGCUGUUAAUAUAUUUUUCAGCAUUUCAUACAAUGCCAAGAAUCUUAAGAUUCUUGCUUUAGAUUGAGCAGAAACCUUGAUUCUCACCACUGUGGCCUUUACUCAGUGUUUACUGUGUUGUUAUCUACAAUUUCCCAAACCGUACUAUUUCAUUUGAUCUACAGUUAUGUUCCACUUUGUGUCAUUGUUACCAUCCUUUUUUUCCCCAGCACCAAAAUUGCAUCCUUCUUUUGUUCUACUACUAUUCUAGGUUUUUGUUCACCAGCUUCAAAGUGCUCUGGUUAGAUCAUUGAGAAUUAAUAUUCCCCUUUACAAACUCAGGCACAGAGAAGUCUUAUCUGAAAAACAUUUUUAAUACUGUUGCAGUGAUUAUUUUUCUGGUUUAUUUAAAACUGAAUUCUGUUGCAUUUUCUUAUUGUUUCCUUUUUCUCAACCAUCUCUUUACCAGUAUAGAUUAAUUCCUGUCUUACAAAUGCCUCCAGAACACACUUCUCUGCUGCAUCAUUAACCUUUAUAAACCUUCGCGUGUUGGCAGGUGAAAUGCCAUGACCGCUGCAUGCUCAGGAUCACUGUUCCUGGUGUGACACCUCCUGUACUGCACUUCAUUAAACACUUCUGAAUUUCUGACUACUAUUUUAUCUUGGUGUUGGAAGCAUCCAGCACACUGUUAUCAGAGUCUCUCCUAAAUUCCUGCAAAGACCAUUGCAAUACAAAAGAAACAUGGUUUGCCUAAGUGUUGCAUAGUCCUUGAGCUCAGUUAGAGUACGUAUGUUUCCCUAGACUCCUCUUCUGCUGCUAAAGCAGGGAAGUUUCAUGAUGAUCUCUUUUUUAGUCUUCCUAUUGAUUCCCUUUCUGUCCUAUUAAUUUUUUAAAUUUUUUUUGGCAUACCAAUGUAUACUUUUCUUAUCUCUACCAUGCACUUUGGAGGACAGGCACUUUUUCUUUUUUUUUUUUUUUUAUAAACCACAGGUGCAGGGUGAGCUUUCAAAAGUUCAAUGGCCAAAAAUAACUGGAGUACUUAAGAGCUGCAUCUCAGGUCAAGCCCUGUAUUCUAAGCUGUAUUGUAAAUUAAAGUGAGCAGUCUCGAUGACACCUCACCACAUUCUUGUUUUGAUUGCAAAACCAAGCUAGUUGUGCACUUUAUACAGUAUUCUCCUUAAUAAAUAUCUGAAAUAAUCUGUUAGCAAUUACACUUUAUUUUUCCUCUUUCUUUAAAGGUGUUUAUUAUUUUAUCCAUUUUGGACUGGAAAUAUUGUCCAUUAGCACAGGUUUCUCUGAGGACUGAAAUGUAUUUUGGUUCCUCUACUAAGGUGUAUUUAAGCUGCUCUCAAUUCUCAGUUGUAUUCUCUGGUAAAAUUUUUUUCCCCUUUUGUUUUAUUUCCAGAUGGUUUUCCUACUUCUAGUUUUUGGUCCAUUUGAAAUGUUGCAGGAAUGUGUGAGCUGCACAGAAUGAUAAUUCUCUUGAUGGAGUCUGUAUCUCUUUUUCACUUUGAUAAACUGAGGAGAGCAUUUAUACCCGCCUGUUAAUCUUUACCAGGCCCAGCAAACUCUCGCGCAGUGCUGCUCUGCAAUGGGUAAGAUGCUUCCUCUACGAGACUUUAAUGACUGGAAGUGUUAGGGAAGUUUUGCUGUUGCUUGUAGACAGUUUCCAGCUUAUUUCCUGCAAAAGAUGAUACUCCCUUGAGAUACAACAUUGCAGACAGUAGGAUCAGUGUUACCUGGCUCAUUCACUUCUCUGGCUGAUGGAGCCUGGACAGUGUGAUCCCUUACAAGUCAGGGAGUGCUGGAACACCUGCGCUUCUGAACGGACAGCGUCUUCAAAGAAGGUAGUGGCAUGUUUGAAGGGAAGCAUGGACGUCUGCCCUCGUGUUCGUUCCUAACAAGGUAACUUUGGGAGUUUCAGCAUUGCUCUAUUCAUGUUCCAUUGAGUUGCAAAAAUGAAGUUGAACCCAGUCUUUCCUCAUGCAAUAGCUCAUCCUAACAGCUUCUUCUCCAGAGCACGAUCAAGCUUCAUGUUAUGUUAAAAUAGCUAGCACGUGAACAGCAUGAUGAUGUUGCAAUGUAACUGAUUGAUUGGAAUAGCAAAGUAAGUUCCUUGCCUCCAUAGGUACUGAGCUUAAGGGUCAUCUCAUUUCGUCUGGCAGGUGGGCUCACACACAUGAUGCAAGUUUUUACUAUUUUAGUCACUACAGGUAGCAGUCUUUUUUUGUUGAGUGACAAGGCUGUCUUACAUCUUCAUACGGCUCUAUGGUCACAGAGCAGAAUGUGAGCUUUCGAUUAGUACUUUUUAGUUUCACCUGAAGAGGUACAAUUAGUGGGAAUUUGCCUCUGGUUCUUAUCUGGUAGCUCUGCUUGCCCAGGUCUUUGUUGAAGCUGCCUCUGUUUCAGGAGUCCUGCAGCUCCUGUGGAGCUCCCUCUUUGUCUAAGCGAUGCUGUCACAUACUUGUCUUGUGCUGUCAAGCCUCUGGCUCCCUGGCGAUCUCUGCUUCAGCCAAAGCCUUUUGGCCCUUGUCUGAGCUCAAGGGCUUCAUGAAUUCCUAUGGCUUUGAAUCCUUUGAGUGUACUGACUCUGGUGCCAGAGCUGGUGAGGUGCUUACCAGCUGUAACCUCAGCUACUGCACAGAAUGAGAACAUUUUAUUCCUCAUCCAUACUAGUCCACCUAUGUCUUCAAAGCCAUCUUCUGGCAUAGUUUAGUCAAUAGAGAGUCCUUGUUGGAAGUCUUUCUCUAAGGUAUUCUUUCAGUUUAUUUCCUAACAGAACUCAUUCUGGAUCCAGUGCUGUUGGCUGAUUCCUGUUGGAGUUAAUGAGCUGAAAGCGAUGAGUCCUUUACCACGUGGGCCAAGUGCAAUCUUCUCUCAUCACUGGCAAGAUUCCAGUUGCUUUCACAGAGCAACAUCCAAAAAGGUGUAAUUCUCAGAUUUCCAAUCUGCUCCAGAUUCACUCAUGUCUAUAACUCAAAUUUGUUCAUCACUUCUAUGUGUUGAACAUAUUUUGAAAGACUUCACUUGUUCCCUUAUAGGAAAAUUAUUUCAUUAUUUGACACUGGGAUCUUUAGUGAUAGCUUUAAUUUUUUUUUAAAAGAAGUUAAAAUACUGUAACAGCAGUGAAAGUCGUAUGGAAAUCCCUCUUACGUUUCUAGAAUACUUUUCGCCCUUCUGCAGCCCUGCCUGAGCUGCUGUGGGGUAGCUGUGCUCCCCUCAUGUUGCACAGUUAUGGUAAACACUGAAAUUGUUCUUCCUUUUGUGCAGAACAGGCAGCAUGCAAACUUGUGCUCUGGUUCUCCUUUACCCUUUAUGCAUCUACGCAGUUUUGUGUUGCAGAAUUAGUUGCUUUUUGUUUAACUGACAGCCCUGUGCUGUAAUGUCAGCAUGUGUAGCUGUCUUGUGACAGUGAACUGCACUCAGAUCACCUCUUUUUCUGGUUGGGUUUUUUUGGCAGGGGGGUCCUAACAGGAAUUUUCUGUAAAGCAUUCAAAGGAAACUCGUAUAUGCUCAGUAGCAGUCAUAAUUUCUCAGACCUCAGAACCUCUUUAAAUUUGUCCCUGUUUUUAAUGUCAUUAUUUAAAUAUUUGCUGAAAGUCAGACUCUUUAUGUAGAAAUGUGCACUCUUCUUUUCACUUGUUCUUUGGAAGUGCUCAGAACUCAGAGAUUUCUUGGAAUACAACAGGGAGCAUGUACGCGAUAAGAGACUUUGAAAAUCAGGCUAACAAACAGGCACAAGCCUCUUUUAUCCUUAGUCGUUGAGUACAUGUAUAAGGUAAAUAUUAAGAAAUGAGAACCUCAAAUACUUAAUGUAUAAGUCCUAGCUGCUAUAUGUGCAGUUCCCAGCAGCUCCAUGAGUGACCCUGUGUCAGGCUGUGGUAGGAGCGCAGCUCUAGAGCAUGGGCCUACAGCUCACCUUCUGAUGCAGCUGUAAAAACCCAAAUCCAAAAUUAAGUGAAAAAGUAGCUCUGCCCAUCUAUUUCUUCAGUCGCACACAGGGAGAAAAAGAGCACUGCUUACCCAGGUGGGUCCUUCGCUAUCAAGCACCUUAAGAAAUCCAGACCAGCACCUUGAAGGUCCCCCUGGAAUGAGUAGAUGUGACUCCUUGGUGUGAUCAAUUGAUUGUUUCCUUCUGAAUUGAAAACUUAUUUGCUAUUUUAUAGGAGCUAGUGUGCUCUUUUGCACUAGUACAGCCUGCUGGGUCUGUUCCCAGAGAAGGCAGAGUCUGAUGUCCUGGAGGCAGUCCUGGUCACCCUUACAUUUCCGCUUUGCAAGAACUAGCUCUUCAAAAGACGGAGUCAAAAAGGCAGUUUUCAAAAUAAUGAGCUUUCCUGAUCACAGACCUUUCUGGAAAGUCUGUAGGCUUUUUGCUACCCAGCAUGUGUUGAAAUAGGAGAAUGAGGUCCCAGAGGUUGCCAAAGCAUUGCUGUGAAUGGUUCUUGCUGUGUGGGCAUUCCUCCCAUACUCGUACAGUGGUAGGGAACGGCUGACAGCUGUCCUUUGCACAGCAGAGGUGUCUGACAUUUUACCAGAGGAGCCUGCUAGUCACAUUUAACUUAACCAGGUGGGCAAUAGUCACAGGCAGAUUCAAAUUAAAAACAGACACAUAGGGCAGGAAAAUAUUUAGCUGCCCCAGUGGCAUUUGAGCUUGUCGACAUGAGGUACUCGUCCUCCUCAGACCCUGAAGGGGACAGUAACAGGCUCAUCACUCUCCAAAUUCUGCUUACUUAGCACAUGAAAAUCAGUGAUGAAACGUUCCCUUGUAUCUAUUGCUUGGUACAGGGCUCUCAAACUAGCGCCUGGUUGUGCCAGUGGGAGAUGGGUAUGUGGCAAUGCCACACUGAUGACUACAGAAUGUUUUUUGGCAUUUGGCAGCGCUGUGAUGUCCUGCACCCUUGCACUGAACUGACCGUAAGUCAGGUGGAAAUCUGUCAAGCCUGGCGUGCAGCUAUUCUCCAGGAGCUUGGAGCACACAGUCUUUCUGUUGCAUAACAGUGAUGAAGCCUUUCCUGUCAGCAAAUCCUUGUCUUUUCCUGAGAAGCACUAUUGUAUAAAUAAUAUUCAUUACUUGUCUUACAAUAAUCUUAUUCAUAUAAAUGUGCAUCUUUCAAUUCUUAUUUUUCCCUCUUCAUUGUUACUGUAGCCCACCUUCCAUCACUGAGAUACACCAGUUUUCAGUAUCUUUUCUUUAAUUUUUGAAUUUUCAUAGAAUGUCUCUGUUGCUUUAAUGUGCUGACCAAGCUUCAUGCGUUUGGAUAUUUUCUGAGUGGUAAGUGCAUGCUUUUUGGAGAGGUUAUUUUGGGGUUUGUUUUGGAUUUUUCUUAUCAGCCACCAGGUUUGGAAGUGCAACGACUCCUUUUUGUGCUAGUCACAGUUUAUUUUUUCUUCCUGGGCAUUUUUUCUGAAGGGACCAACACAUAGCACAAUUUGACUUGAAUCUCUAAUCCCAUGCAUUCCUCAAGGCAGAAACCUUUUGUGCCUAAUGAUGCAUCUGAUUCUAAAAAUUGUACAUGGAUAAAAUCUUUCAUAGACCAAUAAAAAAUAAGUCUUAGGUUAACCACAUAAUAAUUACAGAAAAAAUAUAUAAAUUUGAAACAUUCAAAUGUAAUUCCCUCAACUUACAUUAAGUUGAACUAUUUCAGGUGCGUCGUAAGAGACAAACUCAGUGGAUAUUCAGAACAAAAGCUUUUCAGCUGCUGUAUUCAGGUUCAGUGAGUGGACAAGACUAUGAUUUUGAAUAUAUGCAGUCUUUCAGGGCUACUGGUUUAACAAGUAACUGAGUAAUGGCUUGUAUCACAACCCUAUUAAAAUUCUGCUAGUAGUUCCCCUUGAAGUGCCUCUUUAAAUUGUAUCUGCUACAAGCAUGUAAAAUACACAGAUUCACUCUAAAAAUUCCCAAAACUCAGGAGCAGCCAGUAUGCACAGAUCUGUGCAGGAUUCCUAACCCUCCUUCCUUGCUCUGCACUGUGCACUCUUUUAGGACAUCCACAUAUCCAGUAGACCUGCCUUUGUCUCACUCAUCAUUUACUGUCCAGCACAGUCAUCCUAAAUUCUCAGUGCUGAAAAUGGCGUAGAAAAUGUUAGACUUAAAAGCAACUGCACUGAAGGAGCGUUGCUAACCUAAUCUUCUGACACAUCCAUCAGUAUAGGGGUCUCAGUAGAAUAAGCAGGGAAUUCUGCAUAAAAAUAGUUGAGUAAGUGGCAUUUGGGGCCUAAGUAGGCCUUUAUUGUGUAAAAUAAAAUAAAAAAAAAAUUCUUUUUUAAAGCAGUUGCUGAGAAGAAAUUUUCUGGUACUGGAGGUCUAAAGCUGAAUAGUAAUUUCAGGGAUCUCACAUCUGCAUGACCUGACAAUCUUAGUCAUUUGAAUUUGGGAACAUGUCACCUGAAAUUCCUUGUUCCUUCGGAGUUUUUUGAUGUGACGGCUGAGGUUUUCAGAAUAGCCUAGGGAAUUUGGAUGUCCAUGUACCGCUCUUUUACUCCAGCAGGUCAAAAACACUCCUUAGGGACAGCAACCUCUAUCCAUUAUGAAAAAAGCAGGUACUAGUAUUGGACAAGUAGUUUCUUCUCCUCCUUAGAUGGUUUCCUUUCUUUUGUCAGCCCAAGACAGUAUGAAAAAUCCACCAAACAGUUCUGCAGACAUUCUUAACAGCAGGGAUUCAAAGGCAGGCCAGAUCACCAGUCAUACACUAAAACAGAGUUUUCUAAUAAAAUAAAGUCGCUUAUUUGGUCCUUUUUGUGUACUUUUGCUAAAUACUUCUAAAUUUCUAGGAGAGUUGUCUUUUGCCAGUACUAAUGACUUAUUUUUAAAGAUGUUUAACCAAAAUUUUAUAACUUUCCAUAAAUUUUGGCUGAAUAGACCCCUUAAAUAAGUUUAUGUAUCAUGCAGCCUCUGUCUGGGUAACUAGUAAAUCUUGGAUCAUUGUGCAAAUUGUAGGAUGGCUUUUGUUCCAUAAGGAUACAUGAAGGAAUCACUUACUGAUCUUAAGAAGUCAAAUGCAGAAAAGAUUUAAGGGGCAGAUCUUCAGCUCGGGUAAACUGGCAGAGUUUGGUGGAAGCUACUUAAUGUCAGCUGUGGAUCUUGUCCUUCAGUGUUGAAGGCAUUUCCUAUACAUAAUUUUUCUGUCUUACUGUAAAACAAUUUCAUAUGGUUAAACUGUAUUUUCCUAUAUUGUUCUUCAAGUUUAUAUGCACCACAGUGCUCAUCUCAUCUCCUGUAAAAUAAACUGUACAGAGACACAUUGAGCAUGGAAUUGUCUUUACCCAGUUGCUUUUUCUUCUACCAAAGCCACACACCUUUUGAAUGCAGUAUCAUCAAGGAACACUUGGGGUGCCAUAUGCACGUGUACUGCUUUGUUGAUACCAGCUUAAUGCGGCAUGAAUUUACAAUCACAUCACUUGGGUGUAAUCUACUUGUACUUAUCCUUUUCAGAUCUUUGCAUGAUACUCAGAUGAGUACAGUCCCUAAAAUUUCAUUUUUAUUAGGAAAUCAAUUUAAGAAAUACCUGCAGUUACAUGGGGUUUUUUUUUAAACAAGCAGGCAAGCUGACCAUGAUCAGUCUGAAAGCAGCUGCCGUGAAAUGGGCAUUCUUUAAAUGAUUUGUAAGUCUUCUACACCUGGUCAGUCCUUUACCUGGAAGUUCCAUUGCAUCUUGUAGCUUAAUUGAAGAGAAAACACUGUUGUAAAAUGUUGUUGUUAAUAAAUUGUUCUACUUUGAA